AUGGAUCAAUUUUCCGAAUUACUCAAGAGGUACAACAAGUCUGAAAUAUUUAAUUAUUUGACAAACUUGAGUACUAAAUUAUCAAGUAAAGAGGAACAGGAGUCAAUUCCGGAAAGUGAUUAUCUGAUCUAUUUAUCACAAUUGAACCAAUUAGUGGAAAAAGCUAAUAUCCCAUAUGAUAGCAAGAAAAAGAAAGAUUCAGAUCCUACAAAUGUUGCCGAUGAAUCCAAACAGAAGAUUUCAUUCAAUAUAUAUCGUCUUGCAUCCAAAAAUAUUGUAUUGGUAUUACAAAAAUUACCGUCAAAAGUCUAUGACUUGGCGAAUCUGCUAUUAAAUCAUUUGGUUCUUAAAGAUAAUGGGGAGUUUACACCAAUUACGCAAAUAGCAAUUAUUAUAUUAAUAGACUUGUUUGAAAAUUUUCCAAACUCAUUGGGAAGUUUGAUCAGUUUUUCCGUUUCCCAAAUUUACAAGAUAUUGAAAAAGUAUCCUAAUAUCAACAGUAAUUUGAUCUUUUUGUUGAAUUCAAUUACAAAAAAUGCAACUAAAAUAGACAUAGAUGAAAAAACACAAGCAAAGCUAAUGAAAAUUGUUACAAAAAGUAUUACAACCGAGACAAUAUCAUAUGAUAUGGAUGAAGAUUGUACGUCUUCUGUAUUGAUCAAAAAGAAUUAUGUAUUAUGCUAUAAGAAUUUGUUAUUAUUAGCCGUGUCUACCAAUUAUGAGAUGCUUUUAUCAGCUUCUACUUCAUCAAGCUCUGCUGGUGCCAAAGUGAAGCCUGAAGCCAUCAUGAACCAGCAACAUCUGUUUCAAAUGAACUUGUUGACCACCCAUGAAAAGAAUAUCAAUUAUGGAUUAUCCAAUUAUUCAAAAGAAGUUAGAAUUGCAAUGGUCGAAUUAUUAGCUAAUUUGUUGGUCAAUUUCAUCCAAACAGGUAAAUUCAAUGCCAUUGAGUAUCUAGUUACAUUAUUCCCGUUGCCCGAUUAUAACCAAUGGGACUCAACCCUUUCAACCAGAAUAGAUUUGGAAGGUGAACCAGUCAUUGAAAUCAGAAGGGAAAAGAAUACCAUACUUGGUAGAGAUAGUGAAGGAAUUAUAAAUUCAAAUUUAGAAUUGGCUUUAUUUCAAUCGAGUGUCACAGAAACUAUCAUCUUCUACUUGCAAUUGGAGCAAUUUCAAAAUUUGGAAUUUUUAUCCACCAACUUGACAUUCCUAUUAGACAAUAUUUUAGCCAAGUUUGUUGAAUUAAACGGUAUGGAGAACCAUUUGAUGAACGAAGACUGGAAUAGAGUUGUUAAAUAUUGGAGUACAGUUGUCGAGUAUAUCGUUCAAGAAACCGGAUCUGCUUCGCACGAGAUUCUUAGUCAAUUUAUUUAUGGUAAAUUUGUUCCCGAUGCAAAUAAUGAAGAUUCCACUGCUUCGACAACUACUUCUGUUGAACAACUUUCCAGAUCUCCAAGUUUAAAUAGACAAAAGAAAAGAGAAUCUAAAAUCUUUUCCUUCAAAACUAAAUCAAGUACAAAAAAGAAGAAUGCAGCUGGACAAGGAGUCAAUCCAUAUAAGAAUCCAUACCAGGCAUAUUUUUUAUUGUAUAUUAUUGAGAUAUUAUUGCCAUAUGGAGUGAAUUUUGAGUCAAUGAAGAGAGAGGAAAAAUCUGUCUCUAAAGAUAAUGACGACGACGAAGAAGAGUUGGAGUUACCAAAGAGUUCCAACGAGUUUAGCUCUUCAUUUAUCCGUGAUAUAUUGUUGAAUUUGCUUGUUAAUAAUAAUUGUUAUAUCAGAAACUAUGCUUUGCAAUCUUUGCUUGUGUAUGCAAAAAAUGAGCAAGCAGAAAUCAACCAGUUAAUUUUACAUGUAUUCAGAUUAGUAGAUAAAGAACACAAACAUUCUGAUAAAGAGGGAUCAAAGGGGGAUGAAAAUAUCAGUCCUAUUUCUUCUGUGAGAUUGUUUAGUUAUUCCUUGGCAUUGCUGUCGUUGAUUAAACAAACAGAUCCUGCUUUACUUCAAAAUCUGACUAUUGUCAAAGUGUUGAGUUUCUGUACCCAAACAUUAAAACACAACUCACACUCAGGGGUUAAGAAUGCAAGUUGUUGGAUAAUUUUGUCAUCACUUGUUACCUUGUACAAUUUUUCUGAGUAUGUGAAGUUAAAUUCAUCACAAUUUCUUGUGUUUUGGAAGAGUUUAUUGACUUCACAAUUCAUUAGCAGUUCAAUUAAUGCAAGUACACCAGAAGGCCAGGCAAAGGAGAUUAUUUCCAAUUUACAAUUAAGAAAUUUUAGUUUAGUAUGUUUAUUGAAUUAUUUGAAUUCAGUAGAAUUAACACCAGAGUCAUUGAAACAAAUUCAAUUUUUGUUGACCAAAUCUUACAACUACUUGUCUUAUCUUGAAAGCAAUAUUGACGGAGUUGGUGGGAUUACGUCACUUAACAGUACCAACUUCAAUGAAUCUGAUUACAAUCCAAAUAUUCUAAAUAACUUGUCUUAUACAAACUAUGCGUUCAAUAACAGAUUAUCCAAUGACAGAAUUCUCAUCAGUCUUAUAUUAUACAGUAAGAAAAUAUUGUUUCAAAGUUUCACCAAAUUAGCUACUUUGCUUAAGAAUGAUAUCAACUCAAACAUGAUUAUAUUUUUAAUCAAAGUGUUUAGUGAUGCAAAAUUAUUUUCCCGAUUGCAAUCUCAAGAAAAUGAGAAACCAAAGACGAAAUCUAAAGCAUUAAACAAAGUUGCUGAUUUGGAUAACAAUCUAGUUUUGAAUGAUGGUUUCAAUUACUCGUUUGGUGUUACAAGUAAAUUCCGUCCAGGCUCAGUAAAUAUUGAUGAAUUGUUGAUUAAAUUCCCAUUUGAUUUUACCAGAAGUGAAACACAAUGGUUAAGAAAUACUUUUGCUACUGAAAGAAGUUCCAUGCCAAAAACUUCUCUUGAACAAGAAUACCAACCAGAAAUGGGGUCAUGGUUUGACUAUUUUGAAAGAAUCGCAUUUCUGUCCACUGACAAUUCUAUAAACUACGAACCGGGAAUUCUUCUCACUCAGAAUUAUUCUUCUUGUCAAAGAUUCCUGACAAAUUUGGUUACUUCUUUGGUUGAUUUGUCUAUUGAAUUAUUUCAAUUAGUAUUCCCUUAUCUUAGUACCAAGAUUCAAUUUUCAUUGUUAGAGCAAAUCAGAAAUUCAUUAACUGCCAAGCCAAUUGAUCCAUUGAGAUUAAAGGCAAUGCAAAUUAAUGUUGCUAUAACUUUACAUGGUGUAGUGUCUAAUCUUACCAAGAAGAAGUUACCAUUGGAUGAGAGUAUUUCAUUUGUCAUUAUUGAUAUCAUCAAGAAAAUGCCUCUUGAAUCCGACGAGCUCAUCAAGAUUAAUGCUUCUACAUUUGGAUUAGUUACACAAUUACUUGAUAAAGAUAGUACUGUGGGUCAAAUUACUGGUUUGAUUAAUGAUAUCGUGACCGAUGCAAACCCUUACAAGAGAGGAUUUUCCUUGUUGUCGCUUUCAGGAAUUUAUGGCCGUACGAAAUUGGGAUUCUCCGAUAUAUAUGGAAUUUGCUUACAAUUGUUGAAUGAUCCAAAUCCAAUUAUUUGUCAUUUCACUAUUCUUGCAACUACUCAAUUAUUUGAAGCUAACCUUGAUAAUAUUCUGUUGAUUCCUACUGUAUUGAAUAAGGUGUAUUCCAAUUAUUUGAAUGAUUGUUUUGGCUAUGAUACGUCAAAUAAGAUAUUAGUUAAUUUAAAAACCAAAUUUAAUUCAAUAUCUGAGCUGACAAAAUUGUUGAAAUUAUUUGUUAGUUCCUUGGGACCUACUUUACGUGACUGGGAGACCAAUGAAAAGUUGAAAUUGAAGGAUUUAAUCAUAGCCUUGAGCUAUGGUAUCGGAUUGACGACAUUAAAUGAUUACAUUGAAGUGUACAAACAAUUGUUGUUGUUAUUCCAGGAAUUGAUAAUAUUCGAUCCUAAUUUAAUUGAAGGAGAAGUUGGGUUUUUCCGUGAUUUGUUGAAUUUAAUUAUUUCCAAGAACUUGAAGAUUUCCUUGGCUAGUGUUUGCCCAACUUCAUUGAAUAUUGACACCAUUUUCCCAUUUAACACCAGUGAUGAUUUGUACUCUGGUGCUUAUGAAUGUUAUUACGAGUUGUUGAAGAUUUUUGGUGUUGAUAUUUUGACACCAGAAACGGUGAACUUACUUUGGGUAUCCAUGAAUAUCAAACCAUGCCAUCAAUUGAAACAAUUUAUAUACUUGUGGUUGGAAACUAGCUUAGAUAAAAAUUGGUUCGGAACAUUAAACUCGCUAUUCAAGUUGAGUUCCAAGAAAUUGAUGGGUCCGUUUAUCGAAACCAAUUAUCAACAAAAAUUAUUGCCAUUACUGCAGAGACAAAAGAAGAAGAAUGUUAAUAAUGUUGAUUUUAGAGACGAAGAAAUUGAGAAUAUAGUUGGUGAUGAUCAAUCUGAUUUGGAUAAGAAUGAACCUAUAUCAUGGGAAUUCAAGUUGUUUAUCUACGAAUUAUUGAAUCAUUUAUUAGAAUUAGCAGUUCGAAACCCUAAAUUGAUUGAUAGGUUGAAAAACAAGAUCUCAGAUAUUGUGAAACUUUCAUUCUUGGGAUCCACUUCAUCAAUCACCGAAAUCAAAAUCAAAGGUAUUGAAUUGUUAAAUCGAGCAUUAGGAUUGUUUGGAGAAUUGGCUGAUCCAUUAUACCCAGGUGUCUCUAUUUUAGAACAACAACAAGCCCAAAUUAUCAGUGCUUUGAUUCCAUGUUUCGCUCCUGGAAACGAUUAUAAAGUAAUUGUUGAUGCAAUUAAUGUCUCAUCUAAGUUUAUUAAUCUCCCUAGAAUAAAGUUCUAUUCCAAACAAAGAAUAUUAAACACUUUGAUUUAUUUAUUGGAAGAGAUUUCAUCAAACAAGUUUGUUCGUUUUGGAUUUUUAGAAAACAUGUCAGAGUUUGGAAGAAAAUCUAUUCAAUUAUCCAUUUUGAAUUGUUGGGCAUUGCUUAAAAUAGAUUCUUCUGAAUACCCAGAUAAUUUGGAACCAGAAAUUGCUGAUACUUUGGCAAAAUAUUCGACUUUGUUGACGUCACUUUGGAUCUUGGCUUUGCGUGAAUUUUCUGCAUUGAAAUACAGUGAAUCUUCUAGUAGAGAAUUGGAGAUUUAUGGCAAUUAUUGGAUUAACCUUGUGAGUGUUUUGAGUUCUGAGUUAGAAACAAAUAGUGAAUUUAUCAACAAGCAAUUGUCUGGUGAUGCUCAAAAUUUCUUUUUCAUUAUGUUUAGUCAAUGUGUGGAAUCAUUAAUUAAGAAUAAGAAUGUUUCUGAGAUUUUGAUGUCAGUCGAAAGAUUAGUUAAAAGUCCUGAUUUGGUAAAUCUUUUGUUUAAUAAUGAAAUUUUUGGAGAAAUUGUGGAUUUAUUUGAUAGACUUAUUUUGAUUGAUGAUGAUACAGAAAUCCAAUGUUCAUUGAUUGAAAUCAUCAGUAUUUUAUUCCAUACUUACACUAAAUCCCACAAAGAUGAUUUGGAGCCAGGGUUUGAUAAAUUGUUUGAAUUGAUUAGAAUUGCCAUGUUGCCAGUAUUCCGUAUCUUGCCAUUCUUAAGAUCAGAUUUCGAUCCAAAUAACCAAUCCAAUCAAUUAGUUCUUAAACAUGUUGAUAGUGCUGCUAAUUUAUUAGUUUUAAAGAAAGCAUUUGAGAAUUUGGCAGAAAUGACAAUUUCUUUACCAGAUGUUGUACGAGCCGACUUAUAUUCUUGUUUGCUUUAUAUUUUUGCAAAGAUUUAUGAAAGCAAAAAUAGAUUAUUCAUUUCUUUGAUUGUUCCACUUUUGAAACAAAUUGUUGUUGAGUCUCAUAGAGUUGCCCCUGAAUUGGUGAAUACUUUUUACAAUAAUAUUCGCCAACAUUUUGAAAUAGAUGUUCAAAACAAUUUCUCAGUGAUAACCACAUUGAUUUUGGUUACGAACGGAGGAGUGAAGUUAGGUGACGAAUCAUCACAAAACUUGAGCCAUUCAUUAUUGCAAUUAUUAGAGAAUAAUGAAACUGCUGCUACGGGAAUUCAAUGUAUCAAAUCAUUAUUACAAUUUAGUCAUAAACAGAACAUGAAUAUGGCUGUUGUUAAGUACUUGAUCAGUUCAUUAAUUAAACAUCUUAGUGGAACAAGUGAUGAAUAUACCAUUGAACCAAGAAUUGCAAUUGAAAUUUUGAUGUUAUUUACAAGAUUAGUUGCCGAGGAUGAACAAAAGCUAAUUUCCUUGUAUUCGAUUAUUAUCCCAGUAUUAGUAAGACAAGAAGAAGUUGACAAAUCAUACUUGCAUGACAAGUUAAUCUUUUUGGUACAACAAAAUGCUGGUAGUUUCAAACAAGUUGUUAAUUCAUACCUUGAUGAAAAUCAAAAGAAAUUAGCAGAGGAAAUUGUUAAAUUGAAUUCCGGUAGUAAUGGUCAUACAAAUAAUCAAUCCCAAGAUUCAUUUGAACAAACUCCGGAAAUUCAAUUAAAGACGUUUGGCGCCUAG